ACAUGGCGGUACAAGCCGAUCGGUCACACGGCGAAAACGUGUAACCGCCAGUUGAUUAUUUCUCGAUGAUCAGAUAUGUCGUGACAGCCUGUGAGUAAGCUCGUGUUCGUCCGUCUACGCGUCGCCAAUCGACCAGCCCACCCGCAGCUGAUACGGUAAAGGAGUUUCGGUGCAGAGGACGGAGCGGGAGGACCGUCACGGAACAACUCGAACACAUGUUGCAUUAAUAUCGUAACAUAUUAAAGGCAUUUAUAGUGUCGUCCGUAUCAUUUGAAGGACAUGGGCCGCUUCCAGUUAUCCGGGUCGUCCAGACAGAUAGCUGCGUGCAUCAUCGCGUCCCUGCCCACGUUCAUGGCGGGAAUGGUGCUGGCAUGGCCGUCUCCCGUCAUCGAGUACAUGUCAACGGGACGCGUGCCUGUGCUGCUGACACCAAAACAAAUGUCGUGGAUGGUCGCGUGCAUCGACCUGGGCGACUUCGUCAUGGCUGUGCCCGCGGGAUUGCUGAUGGACCGCAUGGGACGCAAGUUUAUCGUUAACAUGUCUCCGCCGCUUAUGUUUACCGGAUGGAUGUUUUUACUGUACGGCCGUCAAGCAUGGUGUCUUUAUUUGGCCAGGUUGUUACAAGGAGCCGCGGUGAGCAUCGGAUUUGUGGUGUCACCGGCGUACAUCGGCGAAAUGGCCAGCAACCAGAUACGUGGUAAGAUGUGUCUACUGGUGCAACUCAGUUACGCACUGGGCCUUUUGUUCUCGUACGUGGGCGGUUGGCUACUUAACGGUUACGCGGCGUUGAUAAUCGCGUCCACCUGCGUUACUGUCGCGUUCGCGGUUCUGUUGCUAUGGCUUCCGGAAUCGCCGUACUACCUGAUGCUGGACGGUCGGCCGAAGGACGCGGCUGAGUGCUUGUGGAGCCUGAGGAGUUACGCGGCCGACGAUCUCCAGUCCGAGCUGGUGGACGUCCAAAAAUCCCUAAUGAACACUAGGUGCGGCAAAGGGACCGUCAAGGACCUGUUAACAAGAGACCGUCGGCCGUUCGCGAUUGUCGCCACGCUGGCCGCGCUACAGAUGAUGAGCGGAGCGAGCGUGCUGGAAGUGUACGCCGGUUCAGUGUUGUCCGGGUCACACAUGUCAGAGACCGCGUGCGCAGUGAUCCUGGGGCUCGUUAUCGUGGGGGCCACUGUGCCAUUCGCGCUGACCGUGGACAGGUACGGCCGGCGGCCGUUGAUGAUCAUCUCGUGCUUCGGCACGGCCGCAUGUCACGUAGCCGUGACCGUUUGCCUCACGCUGCGCACCGGUGACAACGACAAUUGGCUGCCACUGUUCGGAUCUGUGGCCGGCGUGCAGUUCUUCAUCAACAUCGGCAUCCUGCCGCUGCUGGGCAUCGUCCAGUGCGAGUACUUCCCGUCGGACACGCGGGCCAAGGCUGACGCGGCCGUUCUGCUGAUCAUCACGUUCUUGUCUACCGUAAUGAUCACCACUUAUCAAGUGGUGGACGACAUUUUCGGCGUGGCAGUCAACUUCGCCGUGUACGCGGUCGUGUCGUUCGCCGGUGGCGUGUUCUGCUACGUGGUCAUGCCCGAGACUAAGGGCAAGUCGUUCGCCGACAUACAAACGGACUUCCACCGGCGUGAUCAUCAGUUCGCCCGUGAGAAACGCCGUAGUAGCGGUACCGCGGACAAUCGUGCCGUCGGUUACGUCUCGUCUAGAUGCGAUUACCAACAGAUCUGAACAGCGCGCGUGUGUGUGUGUGUCAUCGACUCGGUUCGUCUCUCGCGGCGGAGUGCGAAAAUUCACACGGUCAUUGCGCGCACUGAUUUUCUCACCGUCGUCCCAUAACAUCCCCAUCCUGGAUCUAUCAGUGACCCAGGGAAGGGAGAAUUCGUAGAACUUACUCUUGAUAUUAAAUAUAUGAUAACAUAAGCAUCGGUUUAGACAACAGGUUAGACACGCUUUCGGAAAAGCUAAGAAAAAAAAAAAUUAACACAAAUUGCCCUAUAUCUUCCCCUAUGCACGAGACAAGAUCUGCAAGAUAUGUAGAAAUGUUGUAAAGAACACUAUGUAUAUCGUAUUUUAAAACUACUGAUAUAGACAUACGUGUAGCAGUUAACAGUAAAUGCUGUCAGCCACACGUGGAUGUCCGACGUUUUGUCAUGACGGUUGUCUUAGUGGACUGCAUAUCGAUGUGAAACGACUGGAAAUCUCACGCGUUGGGACAAAACGUUGAAGAAACGCGAUUGAUGAUUGCAUUAUCGUAACCAGAGAUAGGGCCAUAUAUUUACCAUAGACUUAUAAGUUUAUGGGAUUUACAAAAUUACACUAACAAAAAACAUUCAUAAAAUCUCUUUUAUCGUUGAUACCACCGAUACAAGACAUAAUGGCAUCAGUAUAUGAGCCGAUAAAAAUCUAUACGACUUGCAGGGAAUGUUCUUAGAAACUAGAUUUUUUUCAGAACACUUUUUCGUGUCUUGCAUUGACGACCACGCCGAUAUUAUAAUUGGUCAUAUUGUACGGUCAACAACAAAAUAGUUUUCUACAACAUUCCAUACUCGAUUUUGGAAUUAAUACGCUUGCAAAUCAAUCAACAACUUAUCUACUUGCUUCAUUAGUUUUAAUUUUGACAAGAUUUUUUUUUUUAUCGUACCUUAAAAAUGGUUUUAAUGUUAAAAAAAAAUUGUAA